AUGUCCAGAUAUGUAUGUGGUAGCCAUGAGUUGAAAUCAAAUGCAAGCAUUGUGCCCCCAAAGAACUGGGAGGCUAGGUCGUGGUCUGGAGAUGGUAGACGGCCAUCAGGAGCACUCCACUCACUGUUCUGUGCACUCGAUCGAGCUUGCUCUCCUCUUCCUCUUCCUCAAAGUGUGUGGCUUCCUUGGCCUUGGUGGAGCAUUGCUAGCUCGUACUGUCCAUAG